CAUCCUAUUGCAUCAGAACUCUAAAAUUAUUAAUGAUUUCGGGUAUGUUGCCCAAAAAAAAAACAUCUUCUGUAAUCAUGGCGUAAAAUUAUUUCAAGAGACUAUAUAAACGCCACGCUGGAUCAUCAUCAUCAUCAUCAUCAUCAUCAUGAGCGUAAACAUCUCAUUAAUGGAUAAUCAUCAUCAUCCCGAUGAUUAGGGAUCAGAUCCCUGCUCAGAUCCCUAAUCUCCGUCUGCAACGGAUUGUUACUCCUCUCAAACCCUAAUUCCCUCCGCGACGAGAAAGCGGGCGAAAAUCCCAAAGCCGCCCAGGGUUUCCAGAGAGCUGGCCCUUGCUUUCAAUCCCAAUUCCGAUACCCGCUCCUUCAAGAUCGUAUCUUUCCCGUUGCCGGGGGAUGAUCCCGUGCGCCGCCGUGGCUCCGACGAGGUCGACGUCUUCUCGUCGGAUACCGGCAGCUGGAGCACUGUCGGUGGAAUCGCCGGCCUCAGUGAGAUCAUGGCCGUCCUUUACAAAUUCCAUCAUGGCAGAUGCUCAUUGUGCAACAAAUUUUCAGCACCAGGUUCAUCAUGGGCUCAUUGUGCAACAAAGAGUAUCACAAGAGAUAUUCUAUGUUGAAAGUAAGCAAAGAGGUCUCGGCUUUGAAUCAUAUAGGUUGCAAUCUUCAAUCAGGAGGAUACUGGAUAAAGUGAGAUCAUGAGCUUCUGCUUGUUGUCUGUGACUAUGAGGAGUCCAGCAAUAUCCGAGAUUUUUAACUUGGAGAGCUACUAAUUGAGCUGUUUGUGCCUGCACUGCCUGGAAAGACUUUAGCAUCAAUUGUCAGUUCUUCUUGUAUUGGAUUAAUAUAGACAUGUUUAUUUCUUCUAUUGUCAUUCAUUCGCCUUCAGUAUUGUUUUUUUUCUUCCAUUUUAAUAAUUUAAACCUACUUAUCUUGUUAGUACAACCAAAUGACUGAAACUGCAAAUAUGAGGUCUCUCUGUGAUAUGGAGAACAUAAGUUUUUAGCAUAUUAGAGAAGUUGAAGUAUCUUUUGCAAAUUGAAUGUCCUAUGAGCUUGAGGAGUUUCGUCUUUCUCGAUAUGUAUCCUUGGAAUAGAUGAUAUUAGGAAUAUGGUAGGAAUGAACUACACAGAAAAAUUCGUCUUACUUGAUUAUUAUAAAUUACAUUGCACCUGAAGAAAAUAAAAUAGGCAUGUUGAUUUCAUGGAAAUCCUCCGUUCACUUAGGAGUUUACUAUCAAUAAUUUUUAAUUUUCAGAUGUGUGAAGUAAUCAGAUUGGAUAGUAUGGGACUAUGGGUUGUCGUCGAAAGAAAGAAGAACUGUCAAGGAUCUGAAUGCAUGUAUCAUUUGAUGGAUGUUACAUAUGGUAACCUCAAGGUUGCUGAUAGCGGAUCGCGGCGCGUCGCGGCUAGGUACCGCUAAGGCUAUAUCGGGCUAUUGCGUCGAAAUCGCGGCAAAUAGCGCACAGUCAAA